AUGGAAACAAGGGCGACAUUGCCCUCGCCCGCGCAGUCAUCCCACGGACCAACGCGAGAAGUAGAGCAGGCUGAGCAGCUGCCGCUCCAAGAGAUGACCAUCUACAAAGGCGAGGAUCUUCUCACCCGGUUUUACGGGCAUAGUUACCACCGUAAUUGGUAUCAGCAGUUUGAUCAGCUUCGACCGUACAUCCAGCGCCUCAAAGCGCAGUGCCCCAGCAUCAACAUGCUGCGAGACGAGAUUCAGGUCUUGAAAGCCAACGGGCACAAAUUGGAAAGUCGACACAGUGGCGGCGCAGCGGACGCACCAUGCGAUUCUGAAAUCAAGAGUCUGAUUCCUGCUCGAGAAUUGGCUGAUGGGUUGAUCAACCUGUAUUUGACUCGGUUUGAAACCACGCACCGUGUUUUCCACAUCCCGUCUUUCAUCGACGAGUACCACAAGCAUUGGACCAACCCACAGAGCACACGGACAAUCUCUGCAAUUCAGUUCUUGCUGGCAAUGACAACAGCGCUAAGUUGCCGCGAGAUUCUGGACUGCGAACUCCGAAUCCGAGCUAAAGAUGCUAUCUCGCGCGAAACCGCCACAGCAUGGAUCCAAGCUUGCGAAUCAUGGGUGUCGCGAGAGACCACAAGAGCGCCCUCUCGCCAUCUGACUAUGUUGGCAACUCAGUGUCUUCUGGUCAUCGCAAAGCGAGCAAACCACAUACAAGCAAACGAAACCUGGACGACGACAGGCGCCCUGUUACGAUCGGCCAUGGCGGCCGGAUACCACAGGGAACCGGACAGUCGAGCCCACAUUUCCGUUUUCCACCGCGAGAUGCGUCGUCGGCUCUGGGCCACCGUUGUCGAGCUCGAUCUGCAAGCGACCAUAGAACGAGGGAUGCCGCCGAGCCUGCGCGAGGAGGAUUUCACCUCCAAACCUCCUUUGAAUAUCGACGACGACGCCAUUUCCGAGUCGGUACAAGAACCUCCAACUCCGAGUGCAUUGGAUGCUCUCACAGACACGUCUUUCCAAACACUGGCUUAUCGCUCGAUAGGUCCACGACUGCGGAUUUGCGCCCUGGUCAACAACAGUCAUCACAAACCGUUAGAGGUGCUCUUCGACGAGGCGAUCUCCUUGGACGAGGACAUCACCAAGGCACUCACAACGAUUCCAACAGACUGGGCCAGCGCGCCUACGAGGCGUGAUGACUGGAGCACCCAAAGAGCCUUCUACAUCAAGUACAUGUUGGACAUGUUACUCCAGCAGCAGCUGGUAUUGCUGCAUAUGCCCUUUGCGAAUGCCAAUCGCAGCACGCAGCCCAACCGAUUCGGCCAUUCACGUCGAGCGAGGCUCGAGGCCGCGACGAGUAUCCUCAAUUCUUUCAGGUUGCUCGUGGACCUGGGUAUUAUACACCGCUCGGUCUGUGACAACCGCCAGUUCCACGCCGCCAUGGCCAUCUGCCACGAGCUGUACCUGCAGAAUGGAGUUUUUGGAUCCAUUUUCACACCCUUAUCACCCGCCUCGAACCUCGCCGAAUGCUACAUUUCCAUGGUGGAAUCCGUGUUGUCAAUGACCGAAACCCGAAUUACCGUCCUGGCCAAAGGCCUGAACGAAUACUACCUCCUAACCAUGGUCCUCGGCCUCACCAAAUCGAGAUUGUGGAGCGAUCGCGCCCCGUCCUUUGCCGCAGAGGCGGUUGAGCGCCUUACAAGGGUCAUGAUCAUUCUGGGGUCUAUGCGCAGGUCCAAGUCGACGUUGACAGCGACAACGACAGCGACAUCGUCGUGGCAUGGACCCAACGCCGGUACCGCCGCUGCUGCGACUGGAAAUGGGAGUGUCUCCGAGUACGUGUUUCCCCUAGAGCAGAUGCGGGAGUUCUUUGGUGGUUCAGAUGUGUCCCGACUGACGUGCUGCGAGGUAUAG